AUGGAGGCCAGUUCCACCAGUCUCAAGAGGAUCAAGUUCGGGAAGCUGAAGGUGGUACGUCGGCACUUGCUGCAGAGGUACGAGCACCAGCCCUUCAUCUCCUGCCUGGCGGGUUUCUACAGCUGCCGGUGGAAGCGGUACCAACGCAGAAGGACCGAGCCUGGGAAAUGCUGCUGCAAGACGCGGGAAUGCGUGUUUUUCCCAUUGCUCGUUGGAGCUUUCUGCUUUUCUCUUGUCUUCCUGUACAUGUGGGGUGAAGCGAAAAAUGACUACAACAACUUUGACUGGUAUAACUAUGGGAACCUGGGCUUCUGGUUCCUCUGGUCUCUUGUUCUCCUGGUAGUGGCUGCAAUCCUGUUCAUGUACAUCGCGCUGCUGUUGGUCCUAGCGAUGUGUUUGCUUGCAGAAGGUCAGCAGCUGUACCUGCACUGGAGUCACAAGAUUGGGACUUUUCUUGUCCUGGGCUUCUCUAUCACAGCCCUCUUCAUAUUAUCUGUACUCUGGGGAGAUCAGUGGAAAACAGUCCGCCUCUCGUUCCAGAUCACAGCCCCCUAUCUCCACAUAGGGGCAAUAACCAUCAUGGUCCUCCUCUCCUGGCCCAUGGCUCUGUAUGCCAUCAGAGCAGAUAAGAAAGUUGUUCAGGUGGUAAUUGUUGGUCCAUACCUGGCUAUCCUUCUCUUUCUUUUCUUGAUACCUCUGGGGAUGUACUCUCCUUGCAUCAGAGAGGUGGGGACACUUGGACCAAAGCCAGCCCUCAUUGGACACCGCGGAGCACCGAUGCUGGCACCAGAAAACACCGAGAUGUCAUUUCAGAAGACAAUUGAACAUGGUGGGGAUGGUCUUGAAACAGAUGUCACCAUUAGCUACGAUGGCGUUCCUUUCCUCAUGCAUGACAGCAGCUUGAGGAGGACAACCAACAUCAGGGAGGUCUAUCCCAAUGACACUGCUCAAAAUGCAGCCUUGUUCUCCUGGGAUACCCUGAAGGAGUUGAAUGCUGGAGCAUGGUUCCUUAAGGACAAACCCUUUUCAUGCAUGGGCUCACUGUCAAGGGCAGAUCAAAACCAGGCAAUGAAUCAGUCAAUUUACAAGCUAAGUAAUUUCUUGCGCCUCGCAGACAGUCAGAAUAAACUUGUUAUAUUUGAUCUCUACCGCCCUCCAGAGAACCAUCCUUACAGGUACUCGUGGAUCAACAGAACCCUGGAAGUCAUCCUCAAUGAGUCGGGGAUUAGACCCCAUCUGGUCUUAUGGUUGGAGAAUGAUAUGAGGUCCUUUGUUCACUCUGUUGCUCCCGGGUUUCAGCAGACAAUGGGCACUAAAGCCCCAGUUGAAGACCUAUUGAUGGACAAUAUUGUCAAACUCAAUCUGGCCUACACUGAAAUGUCCAGUGAAGAUAUCCGGAAAUACGCUGAGGCAAACAUCACCACCAACCUCUAUGUGAUCAAUGAGCCGUGGCUCUUCUCCCUGGCGUGGUGCUCGGGGGCACACUCUGUGACCACUAAUGCUGUCCACACGCUGAAGAAUCUCAGCCAGCCCCUCUUCCUCAUGACGCCGCAGCAGUACAACAUCAUGUGGAUCCUGACGGACCUGGCCUCUGUGCUCCUCAUCUCACUCAUCUUCGCUCUGCACUGGUGGCGAGAGCGGAGUUUCUCCUGCUGUGCCCACGAUGGUGGCUCGAUGCUAGAGAGCGGCACCUACAACAAGUUCAGGACAGAGCUCAGCAACAUGCCUGCUGUCGUGGCCUGACGCGGGCAAGGAGGAGGUGCAGACCUGCCAUGUUGCAGAGGAUUGGAGAGCAAAGCCUGCCCUGCUGCCCCUUCCUGCGGUGCAAACAGCAGCCUGCCUGGCGAGGGGGAGCCAUUUGCCACCACAACCCCGAUGGAGAUGUGCACCGACCUUGUUCUCAUGUUGCCUUCCUCUCGGUCCCAUGCCUGGCAGGGAUCCCCCGGGGUGUAAGGGAGCACAGAUGGGGCUGUGUGCAUGACGAAGCUGUGCACCAUGGUGAAAGGAUUAAACCUCCCUGGCAGUAUUCGUGUAGGAACCACCAUUUCCCUUUGAGACCACUUGUAUCUCAUCCUGUAAGCCCUCCUGCAGUGUGUAAGCCCUCUGUGCAGCUUUGUUUUUCUCUUCGCUGCAAAAACCUGAGAACCCUCUCGUCCUCCUUGCCCUUGGUUGUCCACAUUUCUCCAGUCUCCUGUCCACACACUCCCUUCCUCCUCUCACGUCUGCUCCAGCCCCAGGAGCUCACCAGCCCCACCACGAUGGUCAAGUGCUGCUGGAUGGUUCACCAGGGUCUGUGCCUCUCCAUAACACAGGCA